AUGGAGUCCGCACGCGCCACAGAAAAGCCUCCAGCGGUUGAGCAUGUCGAAACAAGCGAUGGCGCGCCCGCCAUGACCGGAUACGAGCAUCUCAGUGUCAUGGAAACGAUCAAGACUUUCAAACUGGCCAGCUUCAUAUGCGUGGCUAUGGCCUUCAGUGCCGCUACCGACGGGUAUCAGAUUGGUAUCAACGCCAGUGUCAUCGCCAACAAGGGCUUCGUGGCUCGCUUUGCCACCAAGAAAUCGCACAAUGGUUCCCCCGCUCUCGCCUCCUCGAUCCUCAGCGCCUGGAGUUCGAUCAUGUCCUGCGGUCAAAUCGUAGGCAUGACAAGCUUGCCAUUCUUGUCCAGUCGAUACGGGAGGAAAAUCGCCAUGUACACCUACUGGUUUAUCUUGGUUGGUAGCGUGAUUGCCGAGUGCAUUACACGGUCGUGGCAGGGCUGGUUGGUGGCCAAGCUGCUGGCAGGAAUCGGAGUGGGAUGCGUGCAAUCCACCGUGCCAGCAUACAUAUCCGAAGUAGCGCUGCAGCAUCUCUCACGGAGUGAUCCGACGGAUUACCUCACCCCGGUCUACACCCAGUGGGCACAGCUCGGCGUCAUGUUGCUCAUCUAUCUCCUGGUUCCGGAGACACCAGCAUGGUGUGUCAGCGCCGGCAAGCUUGACAGAGCCAAAAAGGAGCUGUUGAAGCUCCAUCGAGGAGUCAAAGACUACGACGCCGACCAUCAGCUACAGGUCCUGGUCCUGGCGGUGGAACACGAGCGUGCCGUGGCAAUUGAACAACGCCGCGAGAAAUGGUACGCGAUCUUCCGGGGAACCGACGGAUUACGAACGGUCAUCUCGCUCUGGACGAAUCUCUCGCAGCAAUUCAUUGGUCUCACCCUGUUUGGGUCGUUUGGCACGUAUUUCUUCCAGCAGGCCGGCAUUGAUGACCCGUUCAGAGUCAAGGUCAUCACUUCGUCUAUUCAGAUCGGCACGGUGCUGGUGCUGGUGGCCGUCGUAGACUUUGUGGGAAGGAGGUAUCUUGCAUGUGGUGGGACAACCCUCUCGUGGCUGUCCUGCAUCGCCAUCGGCAUCAUCGGGACCACACCCCGGGUGAAGGCCUCUACAUAUAUCUUCGUCAUGUUUGCCUGUUUCUGGAAUGUCGGUCUGGCCGCAAAUGGAGCCACAGGAUGGGGGUAUAUCGGCGAGAUCUCCUCCCAGCGUCUGCGCCCGUAUACCGCCGGCUUCGGUGCCGCAACAACCUGCGUGGUGGGAGUUGUGAUGAACGUCCUCGUACCUUACAUGACGAAUGCCAACGAAUGGAAUUGGGGCCUCAAGACGGGCUGGUUCUACGCGGGGGUCGGGUUCCCCUUUGCCCUGGGGAUGUGGUUUUUGAUUCCUGAAACUGCUGGGCGUUCCUCCGCGGAACUGGAUGAGUUGUUUGAGAGAAGGAUCAAGCCGUGGAGAUUCCAUAAGACGCAGACAGCGACUCAGCGCCUUGUUCAGGAGAAUAAGCGCCAAGAACGCUAG